UUGCAUAUUGAACAAUAAUUUUUUUAUUGCAUUUAUUUUGUUUAUUGAUGAUUACAAAGUGUUCGAUACUUCGAUCAAAUUGCUAAACUUACAGUAACUUGCUUCAGCACGAUAUGAAUACCCCAUAGUACUUGUAUCAUUAUUAUCGUUAAUAAGGUGGAGAAGCGUUCUUGAUUAAAUUGUGCAGUUGGAUUUCGUCUUAACCGUGUCCGUGCAGUAGUUGUCCGUGCGCACGGAUAUUUCAGCAAGCGGCAUUUUAUAUGUACUAACAGGAAUCUGUCGGAAAACGGAUUAAAUGUCGACUGCGUUGGGCGUCGAUGGCACUAUCCUGUCUCCUUGUCCUGUGGGUAUAUAUUUUGCCGCCUUCUUCCGUCGGGAUCGCGAUGGCUUGCUCGAUCCCGACGCACAUGGCACGCAACCAUGCCAGAUUGCGCGACAAUUUCGACUACGCCGUGCGCCACCGCCACGGCGACGUGAUCAACUUGGUAUCGGUGGAAGCAGCGUUCUCCGCCCAACGGCCCCAACGGCCCCAACCCAACCAGCCCGUCGUCACCCGCGUGCGGCCAGUUUUCGGCAGCUCCUUCACCUUGGCCUGCCCGGUGGCGCACCCCGACUGGAUCGACCCGGACGACCCGGCGACCUUUCCCCUGUGGCAGCACCAGACCCUGGGCGCGCUCCAACACAACCGCCCGACCUUCAACCCCUGCCCCGAGCCCUGCUUCGUCUGCCGCUGCGGCCACGACACUUCCACGCCGCCGGUGUCCAGCUUCCACCAGCAGAUCGUCAGCGUGGCCGGCCGCUCGUCCAUGUAUUACGAGCUGCGAAUAAGCAACACGUUGUCGCGCUUUGCCGGCCGCUACACCUGCACGGAGCGGCCGCCGCGAGGCAGCGAUCACAUAAAUGACACGGCCGCAACGGUGGAGCACUUCCUGGUCAGUCCCCUUUACCGCGCCAGCGACAUCUUCGUCCCGGCCAUGCGCGACGCCAGUGCUCCGCCCGGCGGAAGCGCCGAGUUCUACUGCAACACGCGCCUGGAGGAGCUGCAGGAGUCGCCGGAGGGCUACAAGCGGCGCUUCAUCUGGUACCACGAACGCGGCGUGCUGCGGGCGCCGGACAAUCACCCGGCCAAAGCCUAUGAGAUCGGCGCCGGCGCCGACGGUCUGGGCAGUGCUUUCCGCAUCCACACCCAGCGAAUAAAUAAUUAUAAUUACACCGACGGCGUCGGCUGCUGCCCCUCGCGGCUGCAGAUCGUGACGGUCAGCGCGGCGACGCUGGCCGCUACGAGUGCUGGUUCAAGGCCGAUCCCGACCUCCACGAAUGGCUGGUGCAGGCCGCCUAUCUGUCAUUCACCAAUUGAUCACGUCCCCAUUACCAGGCUGUGUUAGCCCGUCCGUCCGUCCGUUAGUCAUACAAAUGUACUUCCAUUCAGUAACAAAAUUAAGCGCACAAUUAAGGCGGCGCUCCGGCAGUUCUUAACUUAUUUUGAUUUGUGCACCGGAUGCCAGAUGACUUCCGGUUGCAACAUUACAGUAAUCUUCAUGAAAUUAA